CCAUUUUCUUCCAUCAUUUCACAAAGUUUUCUUCUCUCUAUUUAUUGUGUAUGUAUUUUUUACACUGAAAUCCAAGCUGACAUAUAUCCCCUUUUCUUCAGUUCUGGUAGUUGCUGUUUACGAAUAGAGAGAGAGAAGAAGAUAAAUGAAGAUGGUGGAGGGUAGUGAGAAUAAGUUUGAUCCACAACAAGUGAUUGAUGAAUUUGAAUUGUUGAGCAAAGAUGCUAAGAGAAUUCAAAAAGAGACCUUACAAAAGAUUCUUGAAGAAAAUGGAAGGACAGAAUAUUUGCAACAAUGUGGUCUGAAUGGGAAAACAGAUCAAGUAUCUUUCAAGAAUUGUGUUCCUCUUGUCACACACAAGGAUUUGGAGCCUUAUAUUCACAGAAUUGUUGAUGGUGAUCUUACUCCAAUUCUUACUGGAAAGCCCAUUACCACUAUCUCCUUGAGUUCUGGUACAACUCAAGGAAAACCAAAAUUUGUACCUUUCAAUGAAGAAUUGAUGGAAUCCACCAUGCAGAUAUUCAAGACUUCUUUUGCCUUUAGGAACAGAGAAUUCCCAGUUGUAAACGGGAAAGCUUUGCAGUUCAUUUAUGGAAGCAAGCAGUUCAAAACAAAGGGAGGUUUAGCAGCUGGAACAGCCACAACAAAUGUUUAUCGAAAUUCACAAUUCAAGAAGACAAUGAAAGCAAUGCAGACCCCGUGUUGUAGCCCCGAUGAAGUAAUAUUUGGCCCUGAUUUCCACCAAUCCUUGUACUGUCAUCUUUUGUGUGGUCUCAUUUUUCGUAACGAAGUUCAAGUUGUCUCAUCUACAUUUGCCCAUAGUAUCGUCCAUGCCUUUCGAAAAUUCGAACAAGUAUGGCAAGAACUUGUUGCAAACAUAAGAGAAGGAGUUCUUUCUAGUCGCGUAACUGUCCCUUCUAUAAGAUCAGCAAUGUUGAAGUUACUUAAACCCGAUCCAGAACUAGCUGAUACUAUUUAUAACAAGUGUAUUCGGUUAAGCAAUUGGUACGGGUUGAUACCUGAAUUAUUCCCGAAUACAAGGUACAUAUACGGUAUCAUGACAGGAUCAAUGGAACCGUACUUGAAGAAAUUGAGGCAUUAUGCAGGGGAGCUACCUCUGCUUAGUGCAGAUUAUGGAUCUUCUGAAGGAUGGAUCGGAGCAAAUGUCAAUCCCGAAUUGCCUCCUGAGCUAGUUACUUAUGCUGUACUUCCUAAUAUUGGUUAUUUCGAAUUCAUUCCUCUUGAGGAAAAUUCCAAUGGCCUGGAGGCUAUGCCGGUUGGUUUAACUGAAGUUAAGCUCGGUAAAGAGUAUGAAAUUGUUGUCACCAACUUCGCUGGUUUAUAUCGAUACAGACUCGGUGAUAUGGUCAAGAUAAAAGGAUUCCACAAUAGCACUCCCGAACUCCAAUUUAUUUGUCGUAGGAAUCUCUUAUUGAGCAUCAACAUCGACAAGAACACCGAGAAAGAUUUACAACUAGCCGUGGAAGCAGCAGCACAGCUCUUACUAAACGAGAAGUUAGAAGUAGUCGAUUUCUCUAGCCACGUGAACGCCUCAGCUGAUCCAGGGCACUAUGUUAUCUUCUGGGAACUUAAUGGUGAAGCCAGUGAGGAAAUUUUGAAAGAAUGUUGCAAUUGUUUGGACAAAUCUUUCGUCGAUGCUGGUUAUGUUAGCUCUCGAAAGGUCAAUGCCAUCGGAGCGCUUGAGCUACGGAUAAUGAAGAGAGGGACAUUCCAUAAGAUUUUAGAUCAUUUUGUUGGAUUAGGAGCAGCAGUAAGCCAGUUCAAAACGCCGAGAUGCGUCGGUCCGACGAAUCUCUCUGUGCUGCAAAUAUUGUCUAGUAAUGUUGUUGAGAGCUAUUUUAGUACUGCAUUCAGUUGAAUUAUAUGUAUGUAUAUGUUCACAACCUUGUAGGCCAGCCAGUGUUAGCUGGCCAUUUUUCUUCUUAAUAAACACUUUGAUUGUACAA